AUGACAAUAGAAAACACGAAUGUUGAUGUGGAGUAUUCUGACUUAAUAGAAAACCAAUCAACUCUAAAAGGAAUUACUGAACUGUGGCUUAUAUACGGUAUAGCAUUGGUUAGAGGUGUACCAAUAAGGGAAGGUCAGAUGUUGGAAGUAUGCAAGAGAUUAGCUUAUGUCCGGGAGACAGGAUUUGGGAAGACAUUUAAUCUGAAACAAAAUCUAGAUCCUAAGGCUCAUCUUGCAUAUACUGGGAUUGCACUCUCACCGCACACAGAUCUUGCCUACAGGGAAAGAUCUCCAGGCGUCCAGAUGCUCCACUGUCUCCAUUCGAGUGAUCCAAGUAUUGUAGGACAGGAUAAGGCAGGAGGACAGUCUUUCUUUAUUGAUGGUUACGUGGCAGCGGAGUGGUUAAGAGACAAUCACCCUGAUCACUUUAUUUUACUUUGUUCCACACCUGUUCCUUUCUCCCUCUUUGAUGCUGAGCGGAGUAGGUGGUAGAGAGCCGAGAGGCCCAUUAUCACAGCUGACGAAGCAGAAGAAAUCCAUUAAAGUGGAUUCUUUUUCAGAGCGCCUUUACUACCUGUAAAGAAAAUGAAACCAUUCUA